AUGGCGGCCCCUGGGCCUGGGCCGGCGCCGGGCUCGGCGGCUCCCUACGGCCGGACGGUUGCCAUGGCGACCGGAGCCUCGCGAGGGCGCUCGCUGCGCUCCUAUUGGUGGUGCCGUGGCCACGUGACUGUCCUGCCCCGCCCCGGGCGUUGCGCAGCCGCUUUCCCGCCUCCCUCCCCUCGGCGCCGCGCGGUGGCCGUUGCCCGGGACCGUCGUGAGGGGACGCGCCGUCCCGCACCCGCCGUCCCGCACCCGCCGUCUCGCACCCGCCGUCUCGCACCCGCCGUGCUCCGCCUCACGCCUCCUGCCCCGGGAAACAGCCGCUCAGCCCCGCGGCCUGGCAGGACACCAGUCCGAGAGGGCUGCCUGAUUCCCCAGAGGCUGUGCGGCCAUGCAGUCACCCACCCUGGCAAGACCAGCCUGGAUUACUACAGGAAUGAGAGCGCGGUGCCAUCCCUCUGUGGAAGCCUGGUGAAUGACACGGACCUCACGUGUGACAAGAGGCUGGUCAGGCAGUUUGCUCGAGCCUUCCUGCCGACGUUCUUCUGGCUCAUCUUCUCUGUGGGCACAGUGGGGAACGCUCUGGUCGUGCUGGUCUAUUGCAAAUCCCGCUUCAGGAGGAGCGUGAUGGAUCGGUACCUGCUGCACCUGGCCAUUGCGGACCUGCUGCUCCUCUUCACCCUCCCCUUCUGGGCCAAAGCUGCCUCCAACAGCUGGAUCUUCAAGGACUUCAUGUGCAAAGUCGUCAACAGUAUGUACAAGAUCAACUUGUACAGCUGCAGCUUGUUUCUAACCUGCAUCAGCUUUGACAGGUACCUCACGAUUGUUCAGGCCACAAAAGCAAAGACUUGUAAGCGGAGGCGGCUCCUGCGCAGCAAACUCAUGUGCUUGGCUGUCUGGCUGACGUCUGUGGGCCUUUGCAUCCCAGAAAUCAUGUACAGCCAAAGCACAGAGGUGCACGGUGUAACAGUUUGCAAAAUGACCUACCCACCAAACAUCAGCACGGCCUUCAAAGUCACAGUCCUGGCCUUGAAAGUCACAAUCGGAUUCUUCCUCCCCCUCCUGAUCAUGCUGAUUUGUUACACCCUUAUCAUCAACACCAUCCUGCAAGCCAAGAGAUCCCAAAAGCAGAAGUCGCUGAAGAUCAUUGCUGUGAUCAUCACCGCUUUCCUCCUCUCUCAGUUCCCGUACAAUGUUGUCCUGCUGGUCAAAACCCUCAACACGUACAGCAGGGUGGCACACAGCUGCCAGGCUGCUGACCGGCUGGACAUCGGCCUGCAGGUCACCCAGAGCAUCGCCUUCCUCCACAGCUGCCUCAACCCCUUCCUCUACGUCUUUGCUGGGGAGAGGUUCAGGACGGCGCUUGGCAGGGCGGUGCAGAGCGGGCUCUGCCUCUGCAGCAGGGGCCAAGAGCAGUUCUCUGCCUGUGACAGCCAGGAGCACAGCUCAAACUGCUCCUUUGCCAUGCUGGGCAGGCGGCAGGUCAGAAACUCCCUGACCCUCAGCACCCACUUGACCUCCUCCGUUACCCGCCCAUCUUGCCAAGUCCUCUUGUAAGUUAGUGCCCCUCUCUCUCCCAUCCAGAGGAGCACCAGUUGCUUUGGUAACCAUCUGUAU